AUGUCCAUGUCUGUUAGAGGAAAGGGAAAAAAAGAUGAUCGCUCCGAUAAUGUUGAUGAUGCUUUGAUUUUGUUCAAUAAGAUGAUUGAGAAGUACCCAAAGCCUUCAAUUGUGGAAUUCACUAAAUUAUUAGCACCCAUUGUUAGAAUGAAACAUUAUGCCAUUGUUGUUUCCAUGUGUAGCCAGAUGGAAUCAUUAGGCGUUUCCCAUAAUGUUUAUUCUAUGAGCAUCUUGAUUAAUUGCUUUUGUCAACUAGCCCGAAUUGAUUUUGGUUUUUCUGUUUUGGGGAAAAUGCUGAAGUUAGGUGUUGAGCGUACUGUUGUAACUUUUUCGACUUUGAUUAAUGGGCCUUGUAUUCAAAAUAAGGUUUCUGAGGCGGUUUCUAAAGCUGAUGGAGGUUUUCAGCCUGAUAUUCUAGCAUAUAAUACUGUCAUUGGCUGUCUUUGUAAGAACGGGAUGUUAAAGGAGACUCUUGAUCUCUUCUCUAAAGUGAAGGUUAAGGGCAUUAGACCAAAUAUCAUUACUUAUAAUUGCUUAAUUCAUGAUAUGUGUAAUUCAGGCCAGCAGGAGGAGGCAACAAGGCUUUUGAAUGAAAUGGUGGAUAUCAAUAUUUCGCUUGAUGUUGUCACAUAUACUAUAUUGAUUGAUGCACUUUGUGAGGAAGGCAUGAUUUCUAAAGCUGUAGAAACUGUUGACAUGAUGAUAAAGGAAGACAUUGAGCUUGAUGUUGUCACGUAUAAUACAUUGGUUGAUGCACAUUAUUAUGGAGCUUAUAGAUUUAUUGAUGAGAAUGCAAGUCUUUCUGGCAGUGCGGCCGUAUGGGUGAUGAUUUUUGAAGCUUUAGAUACCACUGACACUAUGAACAAGCAAGUCAUUGCAAGGUAUGUUUCUAAAGCUGAGGAUAUUGUUGACACAAUGAUAAAGCGAAAUAUUGAGCAAGGGUUCUUGAAAGCAGCUAUACCUCAAGGGCAGCACAGCUUCUUCGGUAAAUGGUAUGCAAGGACUUGUUUGAUAGAUUAUUUUAUAGUUAACUUGGAUAUUAUGCGCCAAGGCGGUUCAUAUCCUAUGGGAAAUGUGGCUCAACUCGUCGGGACUGCUCCUAUGUCUACCACCGAUUCCUGCUACUACUUGGUCAGGUAG